UCGUUUCCCACUUUCCACAACACUUCAAUUCAGAAAUCAAUCAUCAAACAAACAACCAAAAUCAAUCAAAAUGGUCAAAGCAGUUGCUACCGUCCGAGGAGACUCGAAGAUCUCUGGAACCGUUACCUUCGAGCAGGAGUCUGAGAGCUCCCCCACCACCAUCACUUGGGAUAUCAAGGGCAACGACCCAAGUGCUAAGCGUGGCAUGCACGUCCACCAAUUUGGUGACAACACCAACGGCUGCACAUCCGCUGGCCCCCACUUCAACCCACACGGCAAGACUCACGGUGCUCCCACGGAUGAGACCCGUCACGUUGGUGAUUUGGGCAAUUUCGAGACCGAUGCUCAAGGCAAUGGCAAGGGUUCCACUACAGACAAGCUCAUCAAGUUGAUUGGCCCUGAGAGCGUCAUUGGCCGCACCGUUGUUGUUCACUCCGGAACUGAUGAUCUCGGCCAAGGUGGCAAUGAGGAGUCCAAGAAGACUGGCAAUGCCGGUACUCGACCUGCUUGUGGUGUUAUUGGCAUCGCAGCUUAAGUUCCUAACACAGAAAAUAUGUGGAAGGGUAUGAAAAGUAAGCCG